AUGACAACUUUACAGCCAGUGAAUCCGAAGCCAUUCUUGAAUGGAUUAACUGGCAAGCCGGUAGUAUGUAAACUGAAAUGGGGUAUGGAAUACAAAGGAUAUCUUGUUUCGGUCGAUGGUUAUAUGAACUUACAGUUGGCUAAUGCUGAGGAAUAUAUUGAUGGCCAGCAUACUGGUGAUGUUGGCGAAGUUUUGAUCAGGUGCAAUAACGUGUUGUGGUGGGGUUGGAAUAGCGCUCGGCUUAUUGCACUUGUGUUAAAUGCCUUGUAUGGAUUAGAGGGAUAUUACAUGAGCAGAUCCGAGGAGCUUACUGUUAAUUGUGUCUUUGGUUUACGUAUAAUUGAAGGCUAUUUGAAAAGUAUUCAAGAUGCUCUUCAUGAUCACGAUGUUCAUCCAGAAAUUAUGAAUGAAAUUUACAACAUAGGUUUAACGGCGAGUAAUAUUGCAGAUAAAGCGUUGCCAUUUAUUAUACAACGAGGAAAAGAUAAAUUUGAUCAGUUUCAAUUUAUUUUCAACAGUAAACUGAAGAUGAAUUUUUCGCAUCAACUUACUGAUGAAAAUUUUCGCUUGAAAAAGAGUGAAGCAAAAUCCGACGGUUUUUCUGGUAUGCCCUCUAUUACUUUUUUCGACAGAUGGAAAGAUGAUAGGUGUUUUUCUGAACUCUUUUCUAUGAAUUAUGUUGACUCAGCAGUGAAUGGUCGCAGUUGCCAGUUAAGUGACUCUUGCAUGCGACGAAUGAUUGAUCAUAGUUUGAUAGAACAUCAUUCAACUCAUCAGAUGUUAUAUUUUAUUAUUGCUUCUCAAACACCAUGCAUUCACAAUAUGACUAGUCUGAUCUCUGUGAUUAAGAACCAAACAACGGCAGCUUUUUUGACUGAGUACUGCACAUAUAUGGCAGAUGACCUGAAAACUGUGUUACAGAAUUCAAAAUCCUCUUUCAAAUAUGAUGAUCGCAAUUUGUUGAUGGAACAGGGCGAGUUCCAUUUUUUUUUAUUGUUUUCAUUACUGUUGAAAUUUUCCCGCUUUAAGAGCAAUUUAUUUUUGUACAUAUCUAGUGAAGUUUUUAUAUUCGUUUAUUUUUUAGUUUUUACUUGUGGACAGUUUGGUUUCGUUGAAAUUUUAUCUCUCCACGUACUUACGUCUAUUCUAAGUUGGCAACACCCUAAGUUGGGCUGUUUCAUCAGUGGUAAGAGCGGCAGUGUGAUUGAUCAUGUAAAUAAGCCAAAGGAUCAGGAUGGUAUUGAUUUUGGUUCGUUAUUUCAAUCGGAAAAUUGUGAGAAAGGUCGAGGGGAUGAUAUUUCAAUGGGAUAUACUUUUCUAAAUUGUCUGGUUUUAGACUCAUGCUCGACAUAUUCAAAUGGAGUUGCCGCAGGUGCAUUAAUUGUUUAUCUUCGUUUUCUGUUGGAUUUCGAGCCGUGGCCCGAAUAUGUUGCCAAUGAGCCGAUAUUUAUAAAAAAUAUCGCUGCGGGAGAUCAAUUUCGAAAGUUUCACUAUAGUGAAUGGGUACGGAGUUCUUAUAUUUCAUCUUUACGUCAUGUACAACCUCCUUCGCUGGGGUGGUCACCAGAUUUUUUUGCAUAUUUGUUGCUUCUCUAUAUUAUUGUAUGUGGUACAAUAAUCACCAAUUUCUGUUGUAAACCAAAAUUAAAGCAGUUAUAUUAUUUUUCUUAUAAAAAGCUUUAA